UCCACACGCGCGCACGCAACCAGCGAGCGGCCGGAGCGGACGGCGGACGGGGCGGACGGCGUCGGGGUCGCGGCGCCUACAGCUGUUGGGGGGCGGCUUCUCGGCGGAGGCUUGGUCGGCUCCUCUCUCUCUCUCUCCUCUCUCUCUCCCCUCUCUCUGUCUCUCCCUCACGAAUCCGCGGCGGCGGCGGCUCCUGCGCUCUGGUUCUGCCUCCCGCGUCUCCGGCUGCAGGUGAAAAGAAGGCCAGCCAAGAUGGAUAUUUACGACACUCAGACCUUGGGAGUUGUGGUCUUUGGUGGGUUCAUGGUGGUUUCCGCCAUCGGCAUCUUCCUAGUGUCCACCUUCUCCAUGAAGGAGACAUCGUACGAAGAAGCCCUCGCCAACCAGCGCAAAGAGAUGGCCAAGACCCACCACCAGAAGGUAGAGAAGAAAAAGAAGGAGAAAACAGUCGAGAAGAAAGGAAAGACCAAGAAAAAGGAAGAGAAACCUAAUGGGAAGAUACCUGAUCAUGAACCAGUCCCCGGCGUGACCCUUCUCCUGAAAGAUACCUUGCGGGCACCUGCUGUAGCUGUGGCCCCAAUUCCAGUCCAGUCCCAGGUGGUCAUUGCCCCUGUAGCCACUGUAACAGCCAUGCCCCAAGAGAAGCCAGCCUCAUCCCCUAAGGACAAAAAGAAGAAGGAGAAAAAAGUAGCAAAGGUGGAGCCAGCAGUCAGUUCUGUAGUGAAUUCCGUCCAGGUUCUCACCUCCAAGGCUGCUAUCUUUGAAGCUGCGCCCAAGGAGGUGCCUAUGGUGGUUGUGCCCCCAGUGGGUGCCAAGGCCAGCACUGCAGGCACUGGCACUAGUCAAGGCAAAAAAUCAGAGGGGGUUCAGAGUCAGGGCAAAAAGGGGGAGGCAGCCCCAAAUCAGGGCAAGAAGACAGAGGGACCUCAGAACCAGAACAAGAAGGGGGAGGGGACUCCAACCUCAAGCAAGAAGGGAGAGGGAACCCCAAACCAGGGUAAGAAAGGAGAAGGAACCCCAAACCAGGGUAAGAAAGGAGAGGGAACCCCAAACCAGGGUAAGAAAGGAGAAGGAACCCCAAACCAGGGUAAGAAAGGAGAAGGAACCCCAAAUCAGGGUAAGAAAGGAGAAGGAACCCCAAAUCAGGGUAAGAAAGGAGAAGGAACCCCAAACCAGGGUAAGAAAGGAGAAGGAGCCCCAAACCAGGGUAAGAAAGGAGAAGGAACCCCAAACCAGGGUAAGAAAGGAGAAGGAACCCCAAGCCAGGGUAAGAAAGAAGGGACCCCAAACCAGGGUAAGAAAGAAGGAACCCCAAACCAGGGUAAGAAAGGAGAAGAAACCCCAAACCAGGGUAAGAAAGGAGAAGGAACCCCAAACCAGGGUAAGAAGGCAGAGGGGGCCCCAAACCAGGGUAAAAAAGGAGAAGGAGCCCCAAACCAGGGUAAGAAGGCAGAGGGAACCCCAAACCAGGGUAAGAAGGCGGAGGGAGCCCCAAGCCAGGGUAAGAAAGGAGAAGUAACUCAGAACCAGAGCAAGAAAGCAGAAGGAACCUCAAGUCAAGGCAAGAAGGGGGAGGGAACCCAGAACCAGAACAAGAAGGGGGAGGGGACCCCAAAGCAGAGUAAGAAAGGAGAAGAAACCCCAAAUCAGAGUAAGAAGGCAGAGGGAACCUCAAACCAAGGCAAGAAGGUAGAAGGGGCCCCAAACCAAGGCAAGAAAGGAGAAGGAACCCCAAAUCAGAGUAAGAAGGCAGAGGGAACUCCAAACCAGGGCAAAAAAGCAGAAGGGGCUGCGAAUCAGGGCAAAAAAGGGGAGGGGGCUCAGAACCAGGGUAAAAAUGUAGAGGGGGCCCCAAACCAGGGCAAGAAGGCAGAAGGGACCCAGAACCAGAGUAAGAAGGGAGAGGGGGCCCAGAGCCAGAGUAAGAAGGGAGAGGGAACCCAAAACCAGAGUAAGAAAGGAGAGGGGGCCCAGAACCAGAAAGGAGAGGGCACCCAGAACCAGAGCAAGAAGGGAGAGGGAGCCCCAAACCAGGGCAAGAAGGGAGAGGGAACCCAGAACCAGAGUAAGAAGGGAGAGGGAACUCAGAACCAAAGCAAGAAGGGAGACGGAGCUCAGAACCAGAGCAAGAAGGGAGAGGGGGCCCAGAACCAGAACAAGAAGGGAGAGGGGGCCCAGAACCAGAGCAAGAAGGGAGAGGGAGCCCAGAAUCAGGGCACAAAGGCAGACAAUGUUACAAACCAGGGGAAAAAAACAGAGGGGGCCCCCAACCAGGGCAAAAAGGUAGAAGGGGCUGCCAAUCAGGGUAAAAAGACAGAUUCAGCUCCUGUCCAGGGCAAAAUCACAGAUGCAGUGCAGAGCCAGGAGAUGCCAAAGCAAGAGGAUCCUCCUGCAAAGAAGAAGAAGAAGAAGAAGUCUGGUUCAAAGAAAAAGGAGGAACCUGGUACAGGGCCCCUGGACACCGACAGCCCUCUCUACCUGCCCUACACGACGCUAGUCUCCACAAUUGGAAGCAUGGUGUUCAAUGAGGGGGAGGCCCAGCGGCUCAUCGAGAUCCUGUCUGAGAAGGCUGGCAUCGUUCAGGAUACCUGGCACAAGGCUACUCAGAAGGGUGACCCCGUGGCGAUUCUGAAACGACAGCUGGAAGAGAAGGAGAAGCUGCUGGCCACGGAGCAGGAAGACGCGGCCGUGGCCAAGAGCAAACUGAGGGAGCUCAACAAGGAGAUGGCAGCUGAAAAGGCCAAGGCAGCAGUUGGGGAGGCCAAGGUGAAGAAGCAGCUGGUGGCUCGGGAGCAGGAAAUCGCAGCUGUGCAGGCGCGCAUGCAGGCCAGCUAUCGAGAGCACGUAAAGGAGGUGCAGCAGCUGCAGGGCAAGAUUCGAACUCUUCAGGAACAGCUGGAGAAUGGCCCCAACACUCAGCUGGCCCGGUUGCAGCAGGAGAACUCCAUCCUGAGAGAUGCCUUGAAUCAAGCCACCAGCCAGGUGGAGAGCAAGCAGAACGCAGAGCUGGCCAAGCUGCGGCAAGAGCUCAGCAAGGUCAGCAAGGAACUACUGGAGAAGUCAGAGGCCAGCCGGCAGGAGGAGCAGCAGCGGAAGGCUCUGGAGGCCAAGGCUGCCACCUUCGAGAAGCAGGUGCUGCAGCUGCAGGUGUCACACAAGGAGAAUGAGGAAGCCCUGCAGAAGCGCCUAGAUGAGGUCAGCCGGGAGCUAUGCCGAGUGCAGACCAGCCAUGCCAGCCUGCGGGCGGAUGCAGAGAAGGCCCAGGAGCAGCAGCAGCGGGCAGCUGAGCUGCAUAGCAAACUGCAGUCCUCCGAGGCUGAGGUGAGGAGCAAGCGUGAGGAGCUGAGCAGCCUCCAGGGGCAGCUCAAGGAGGCCAGGGCGGAGAAUUCACAGCUCACCGAGCGGAUCCAGUCCAUCGAGGCCUUGCUGGAGGCAGGCCAGGCCCGCAGUGCUCAGGCUAGCCACGCAGAAGCUGAGCAGCAACAGACCCGCCUUGGGGAGCUGGAGUCGCAGGUCUCAUGUCUGAAGAAGGAAGCCAUGGAGCUGAAGGAGGCCUUGGAGCAGCAGAAAGGGAAGAACAACGACCUCCGUGAGAAGAACUGGAAGGCGAUGGAGGCCCUAGCCUCAGCUGAGAAGGCCUGCGAGGAAAAGCUGCGCUCCCUGACCCAGGCCAAGGAGGAGUCUGAGAAGCAGCUCCACCUGACCGAGGCACAGACCAAGGAGGCCGUGCUGGCACUGGUGCCAGAACUCUCAAGCUCAGCUCACCAGAGUUAUGCCGAUUGGCUGCAGGAACUCCGAGAGCAAGGCCCUAAGCUGCUGAAGCAGCUGCCCACUGACAUGGAAACCUCGGACAGGGCUGCUGAGCUGAGGGAGGCCCAGGAGAUGAACAUCACCCUGCAGGCUGAGUGUGAUCAGUACCGCACCAUCCUGGCUGAGACGGAGGGCAUGCUCAGAAACCUGCAGAAGAGCGUGGAGGAGGAGGAGCAGGUGUGGAAGGCCAGGGUGGGCGCCAAGGAGGAAGAGCUACACAAGUCUCAGGGCACUGUGCAGCAUCUUGAAGAGGUCGUGCAGAAGCUCAAGGCGGAGCUCAAAAGUUCAGAUCAGCUCAAGACACAGCUGGAGCGGACAGAGGCCGUCCUGGUGGACGAGCAGACUCGGCGGCAGAAGCUCACAGCAGAGUUUGAGGAGGCGCAGACAGCUGCAUGUCGGCUACAGGAAGAGCUGGAGCAGCUCCGUACCGCCGGGCCCCUCGAGUCCUCGGGCACAGAAGAAGCAGCACAGCUGAAGGAAAGACUAGACAAAGAGAAGAAGUUAACAAGUGACCUGGGGCGCGCAGCCACCAAAUUGCAGGAGCUUCUCAAAACAACUCAGAAGCAGUUGGCCAGGGAGAAGGACACAGUGAAGAAGCUGCAGGAGCAGCUAGCCAAAACCGACAGCAGCGGCGCCAAGGAGGGCACCUCCGUCUGAGCCUCGUCUGCCACAAAGACCUUACUGUUCGACUUUACCAAAAUGCCUUACACAUUCCUUUGAUGAGUCCAUCGGCCCAGCACCACAGUGUCAUCCAGGCCCACCUGCCAGGGGCUCCGAGAGAAGCCAUCGGAGAUGGGGCACUCAGCACCACAGAAACGGACCUCGAAGCCCUGUGACCCCCAAGAGGACCCGUCCCCUUGCUGAACACUAUUCCCACUGGAGCCUGGGUGCUGGGAGGCCGGGGCUUGGGCCCUCUGCGGCCAGCAGUGCAAUUGUUGUGUCUUCUGAGCAGGGUGGGAGUAGCCAGCCUAGAGGCUGCAAGGCCAGAACCCAGCACGGCGGCUGCCCCUCACCCCUGCAGACUGCCAACCGGAACUGGUGUUACCUCCUGGAUGUGAAUGCCAUUAAAACCAACAUCGUUAUCCA